AUGAAAGUUGUAAAGAGAAGGUUCUUCAAACCAAAAGAGGAAGCCUUGUCCUCAGAAGAAGUCCCUGACUCACAACCAUCUGCAGAACCCAUCCAUAGUUUGUUUGUUCCUGACGAUUCUGAAGAUGAAGAAAUAACUAACGAUGCACCCCCCAAAAGCGAUUUUGAAACAGAUAUAACUGCAAUAGUUGGAAAAAUCUCCCCUGUAGUAAUGCAAUACUUGUAUACAAAGUACUCGCAAAAACGUAAUGGGGCCAAGUUUGCAGUUUCGGAGUUGUUGACAAAUCCUCCUGAUGUUGAAAAAUUGCAUCAACAAUCGAUUACUUCCCAGUCUAGCAAACGACCACACACAAUAAUAUCAGACCACGUACCUCCAAAUAAAAAAAUGAACAUCGACUUGCAAGGUACGGGUAGUGAUGACGAGCCAUUGGUGUGGCGGAGGUUUAUUGGCAGUUUAAAUAUCCAGGCAAUGGCAACGAGACCCACAAUGAAGCCAUUAAAAUAUCAGGAAAAACUAAAGCUCAAACGAAUUACAACUAAGAAUUCUACUUUGGCAAAUAGUGCAAUAGUCAGAGUGUAUCACAAUGAACGAGAAAUUGGUCGAAUUCCGGAAGAUUUGACGAGAAUUCUAAGUCCUUUGUUUGAUUUAAACAUUGCUGUAUUUGAAGCAUCGGUGUUGGAAGAAACAAAGUCUAGGCUAUCAACUGGCGACUCAUUUGUAAUAGAAAUUGAAGUCUAUUUGACAAGCUCCAGUUUUGCAAAAAACUUGGAUUCUAUUGAGAAUCCUGUUGACUUGAAAAAAUCCAAUUUUGACUACUCAAAGGAAAGCGAGGGUGAAGCUGCACUACGACUUCGGCAGUUUGCCAUCUCAAACUUGUUUGAUAGGCUUGCAAUCAAGCCACUUAAAGUUAGUGAAAACAUGGAUGAAGAGGACGAAGAAGAAACGCCAAGCCAAGAAACCGACUCCGGCGAAGUAGAACAUCCGGUUCCUGAAAUUAAUUUAGACCAGAUGAAGGAAUUUUAUCAAUCUAAUAACCAGCUCAAGUUAUUAGAAGGAUUACCUGAAACCACUACUCCACCAAAAGAAAAUUUUGCUCUUGAUUUAAGAAGUUACCAAAAACACGGCUUAUCGUGGAUGCUUGCACGUGAAAAAGAAUUGGAUGUGUUGGAAAUCCUUCUGAAUGAAGAUAAGUUGUCUUCACAAUCAAGAAAGGAGUUGGAAAAUAUGGGCACCAUGAAUCCACUUUGGAGAAAAUACAAAUGGCCAUAUGCUACAGAAGCAACUCAGGAUCCAACACAAAACCAGACUGAGAAGUACUUUUAUGCCAACAUGUAUAACGGCGAAUUAUCGCUUGAAAGACCAAUCAUAAAAUCAAGUUUAAGAGGGGGGAUAUUAGCAGACGAAAUGGGAUUGGGGAAAACAAUUGCCACCUUGGCAUUAGUAAACUCGGUACCAUACGACAAUUUUCCUGAAGCCAAGUCUGACAGACCAUAUGCAUCCCAAACCACAUUAAUAGUUGUUCCCAUGUCUUUGCUUUUCCAGUGGAAAAGUGAGUUUGAGAAAUGCAAUAAUAACAGUCGCCAUUUUUGUCGUCUUCAUUAUGGUGAAGAUCAAGAAACAAACUUAGCGUGGUCUUUGUGUAAUCCUGAUAAAUCUAAAAUCCCUAUUGUGGUGAUAACCACGUAUGGUACCGUUUUAAAUGAAUUUACAAGAUUAUCCAAACGCCGCAAUUCUAAGGGCGAGUUUCCCAAGAUAGGUUUAUAUUCGGUCAAAUUUUUCCGUAUCAUAUUAGAUGAAGGCCAUAACAUUAGAAAUAGAAAUACGAAAACGGCUAAAUCUGUCUAUGAAUUACAGCUGAGCCGGAAAUGGAUUUUGACCGGGACACCAAUCGUAAAUAGAUUGGACGAUUUGUUUUCACUAGCAAAGUUCUUAGAGUUGGACCCAUGGAAUAAUUUUUCAUAUUGGAAAACGUUUGUAACUUUGCCAUUCGAACACAAAAAGAUUUCACAAACAUUAGAUGUGGUGAAAUCUAUUUUAGAGCCAAUAUUUUUAAGAAGAACCAAGCUGCAGAAAAAGAACGGUAAACCAUUGGUUGAGCUACCAGCAAAAGAGGUGGUGAUAGAGCAAAUCAAGUUCAAUGAGGACGAAGAGAAAUUAUAUCAAUGGUUCAAAGAUCGUGCUUAUGCUUCUUUUGCCGAAGGAAUAAAGUCUGGACAGCUAUUACGCAGAUACACCCAGAUCUUGACUCAUAUUUUACGUUUGAGACAGGUGUGUUGCCAUGUGGAUUUGAUCGGAGGUGCUCAUGAGAUGGAUGACGAGAUAAUAGAAGCUGAACAGGAUGAAGAAAUGAGAAAGUUUUUGUCAUCGAUUAAAGAAAAUCAAAUUCGAUUUGCAAGUGAUACUGAUGUUAAAGAAAUAAUGUAUAACUUGUACGGAAAAAUUAAAGAAGAAAACGAAUGUUCUAUAUGCACACAGGUACCUAUCCCAUAUAGUGAAAUGGUUGUCACUCCUUGUGCUCAUACAUUCUGUUUAUCUUGUAUUUUGGAGCAUUUGGAUUUCCAAAAGGAGUUGAAAAAGGAAAAGCUUUGUCCCAAUUGCCGACUGCCGAUCUCAAAAUACCAGUUAUUUCGAAUUAGAAAACAACCCACAAGGGGAAACGAAAUUAGGUUUCAUACCCAGAAAUAUGCUCCUGACUAUGAUUUUCAGUUGUAUUUAUACGAUCCUAAUAGAUCAUCCUCAAAAAUACAAGCUUUGAUAAGACACUUGAAGGCAUUACAUAGCCAAUCACCCAAUCUGAAAGUCAUUGUGUUUUCGCAAUUUCUGUCGUAUUUGGAUAUUAUCCAUAGCGAACUAAAACUAGCCAGUGAAGACUUUAUAGUGUUUAAGUUUGACGGAAGAUUGAAUAUGAAUGAUCGUACAAAAUUAUUGGAAUCUUUUAACCAGCCUUUGGACAAUGGGAAAAUAGCAAUAUUGCUUUUAUCGUUAAAAGCAUGUGGUGUGGGGUUGAAUCUAACCACAGCAUCAAGGGCAUACAUGAUGGAUCCAUGGUGGUCACCAAGUAUAGAAGACCAAGCAAUUGACAGGAUUCAUAGAAUUGGCCAGAAUGAGACUGUCAAAGUUGUUCGAUUUAUUAUGGAAAACAGUAUUGAGACCAAAAUGCUAAAGAUUCAAGAACGUAAAAAGCAAAUUGGAGAAGCUGUUGCUGCCGAAGAAGAAGAGAGACGAAGACGAAGAGUCGAAGAGAUACAAAUCCUUUUUGAGGAAUAG